AUGAACCGUCCAGCUCCGUUUGAACUGUGUCACAAAAACAUGAGGUUCCUGAUCACACACAACCCCACUGACAGCACUCUCAGCUCAUUUGUAGAGGACCUGAAGCGUUAUGGUGCCACCACAGUAGUUCGAGUUUGUGACAGCACGUAUGAUAAAACACCCCUUGAGAAUGAUGGCAUCACUGUGGUGGAUUGGCCAUUUGAUGAUGGAGCACCACCCCCCAAUAAAUUGGUUGAUGAUUGGUUAAGCCUGUUAAAAAAGAAGUUUCAGGAGGACCCUGGAUCCUGUGUGGCAGUUCACUGUGUGGCUGGUCUUGGACGAGCUCCUGUGCUGGUUGCUUUGGCUUUGAUUGAAAGUGGAAUGAAGUAUGAAGAUGCCAUUCAACUUAUUAGACAAAAGCGCAGAGGAGCCAUCAACAGCAAACAGCUGACUUAUCUAGAAAAGUACAGAUCGAAGCACAGACUACGGUUCAAAGACUCUCACUCACACAAGAACAAAUGUAGCAUCAUGUAAAGUCUCUCCGCAGACAUUUAAACAGCCCUGGUCCCUGCAUUCAGAUUAUGAAAAUGAUUGAUGAAAUUAUUCCUUUGGUCUGAGCACAUUACAACGUAAUUAAAACAAUGAGAUAUAUAUGAUUCAGUAGACAAGAACAAUAUUUUCUGAAAUCCAGCAACACUGUAACCCCAGGUAAACCUGCCAUUUUCAGAAUAAGGAUGGAAAAAAACCUAAAUACACUAAAUUAUGAACAUAAAUCUUUCCUUUACUAUGCUUCACAUGUCCACAAGCUGUUUGGCAAUGCUCACAUCUUUAUUUGUAUAUAACAGUGUGUGAAAAGCAGUUGAAGCUUGUAUCAAUGUGAAUUAUAAGAGCUUGUUGUUGAUUUCACUGUGGUCAUGUUUACAUAUCGGCGUGUGCAUUAACAAAUGGACUGUUUACUGUCACUGAACUGUUUUAAAAGAAACAUAAUGACACCAAUACAUUACAUACUGUAUGUAAAUUUGGUGUAAAUAAUUAGAGAGUUUGUUGUUUUAACAAUACAAGUGUAAAUUAUAUAGUUAUUUGUAAAUUAAAGGUCUCAGAAGAUACAUAUAGCAUUCAUUGCUGUAUAGUCAGAGUACAAAUUUUGAAAUGAUGGCCUAUUGAAACAUACACUUUAUGCUUUGCUCUGCAUCUUAUAAAUUUUAUUUGUUUGUACUUUUUUUGAAACAUGCAUGAACAAGGAAACAUCUGGUUUACACAGUGGUUUACAGUAUUUACUUAUAAUCAUGGGGGGAAAAUGCAUGUAUUUUGCUUUUGUAAUAUCACACAACUUUCAAUGACCUUACACUAUCAAUAGACUAAUCCUUAUUCAGAAAACUCAACUUAGACUCAUUCCUGAAGAGCAAUUUGUUUGAUUGUAAUAAUAAUUCCAAUAAAAAUAAACUAUUAUGAGAAAGGGAAGAGACUGACCGUUUCCAGUCAAUUUUACAUAUUUUGAGUGAGAAUGUGUUGCUUGACUAUGUGUGUGUUUUAUAGAUUCAUAUUCAGUUUAUGAUUGAAAUGCACUUGCUACUUUUCUA